AUGGUUUAUGAUCGAGUAUGGAGCGGAGAAAGCACAAAACUUCUCUACAUAUCACAAAACGGGAGCACCGAAGUAGCAAAUUCAACUGCCAAAAUGCGAACGAAAGACGAUGAAGAGCCGAGAUGCAGUUUCUGCAGUGAUGAUUUAUGA